UGUUAUGUAGGUGUAUUUCAUGAUAAUGUUUUCUUUUUGUGCCUGUCUUAUCACUCCGAUUCGGCAUGGGGUGGCUCAAGCGGGCUACCUACGGCACAGGUGGCAUGUUGACUCAAUGUCUCUGGGUCCGCAAAUCGGACAGACAACUGUGAAGUAUACUGACUAUAUAAAGCCGCCAACACCCGCUUUAUAGCCUAUUUCUCGAAUCUAUUCAGCGAAUUGUUGACUCAAAGACCAUUGACUCGAAAUUCUGUCGACUUGGCUCACCAACAAAAUGAAGCUCAGGCAAUUGUCGACGGCGCUCGCGCCCAGAAGGCUCGUUGCACAGCAAUGGGCAAGCUCUUCAGCGAUGGCGGCUAGGCUAUACAGCACUUCGAAGCUGGCUGAAAUGGAUGCAUCGAAGCUCACUAUCAUCAAGACUACUACACCUAAGGAGCUUAUAGCACCCAAGGACCUUGUCUUUGGACACACUUUCACGGAUCAUAUGCUAACCUGCGAAUGGACGGCCGAAGAAGGAUGGUACGCGCCCAAGAUUGCCCCAUAUCAGAACCUUUCACUAGACCCGUCAUCCUGCGUCUUCCACUACGCAUUCGAAUGUUUCGAAGGAAUGAAGGCAUACAAGAAUGAUGCUGGAGAGAUCCGCCUGUUCCGACCAGAGAAGAACAUGGCCCGCUUCAACACAUCUUCUGCUAGAAUUGCUCUUCCCACGUUCGACCCCGAGGUUCUCACUGGCCUCAUUGCCAAGCUCGUCAAGCUCGACGAGCGCUUCAUUCCCAACCAAAAGGGAUACUCUCUAUACCUCCGCCCAACAAUGAUCGGUACCCAGGCCACCCUCGGUGUUGGCCCACCAGGCAGCGCAUUGAUGUUUGUGAUUGCAUCCCCAGUGGGCCCAUAUUAUCCAACUGGUUUCAAGGCUAUUUCACUGGAAGCCACCGACUACGCCGUGCGCGCAUGGCCAGGUGGUGUUGGUGACAAGAAGCUGGGUGCCAACUACGCUCCCUGCAUCGUGCCACAGCUUGAGGCUGCCAAGCGCGGGUUCCACCAGAACCUGUGGUUGUUCGGCAAGGAGGAGUAUGUUACUGAGGUCGGAACCAUGAACAUGUGGGUGGCCAUGAAGAACAAGGAGACCGGACAGAAGGAGCUUAUCACAGCACCAAUUGACGGUACCAUCCUGGAGGGUAUUACCAGAGACUCUAUCCUGAGCUUGGCAAAGGAGAAACUCGUGCCAGAGGGAUGGAAGGUUGUUGAGCGCCAAUACACCAUGUUUGAGCUGGAUGACGCUGCAAAGGAGGGAAGGCUCCUCGAGGCUUUUGGAUCUGGCACAGCAGCUGUUGUUUCCCCAGUAAGGAAUAUCAGCUGGAAGGGCAAGAUUGUUGAUUGCGGCUUGAAGCCAGACCAAGAGGCUGGUAAGAUCGCCCAGAGCAUGAAGGAGUGGAUUGAAAGGAGACAGUACGGCGAGGAGGAGCACGAGUGGAGCUACAGAGUAUAGGAUGGGCAGAUGAUCAAGUUCUAUCGAGAUGAGUGAUGCGUUGGGCGUGGCUGAUAAGGGACGAUUUGUUUCAAAAGGUACAGGGUGAUCGGUAGGAUAUACCAGACUUCAGCCAGCGUUUGGCAAGUCGAAGGGCUGAAAUGAAAGACGGCGAUAGAGUUACAAAGUGUUCCAUAGAAACAAAAAGUCUAUCAGACAAUGCAGUCGGUUGAAU